AAAAUGUUUUGGUGGAUUUUAUUAAUUCUUUUAUUAAUUUUAUUGACUACUUUGUAUUUUCUUUUUAUUUAUAACAGUGGAAUAAGUCGUUGUUCAUCUUCUGAAGAAAUUUUUGACGAAACUCAAGAAAAUAAUUUAAAUAAUUCAACAAAAAAUAAAAGAGAAGGGAGGAAUGUUUUUAAGUCAAUUUAUUCGAAUAUUAUGGUCAAAAGGAGUGCAAGCCUGACAUCUUUACCUUUACUUUUGAGAAGAAGACAUUCAACUGUUGGGACUGGAUUUCCAAAACAAGUUAUCAGAGCAGCAAAAAAAAUCAUUCCAGACUUUCGACAAAAAUUCUCUGUUAGUUCUCCUCGUGAUGCUCUACCCAAACCUCCAUCAGAAUUUUUUGAACCUUUAGAGAAUCCACAAGUUCCUGAUCGCCAAAAACCUUUAUUUUACCUUAAACAAAAUACAAAGCUUUUAGAAUUUCCUUCAUUUUGUAAUAUUAAAGAAGAAGAUAUUCAAUUAAUGGUUUUUGAUACAAAUGAAUUUAUUGUUAAACGGGGGGAUGCUGAUGAUUCAAUUUAUGUUGUUUUAGAAGGAAGCCUUGCUGUUUAUAUAUCUCCAACACAAGGAAAGAAAUCGAUGGUUAGAAGAAUAGGCCCUUCAGAUUGUUUUUUUAGUCCUUUGUCUUUACUUGAUAUUUUUAUGGGAAAACCUUCUCUACUUAAAACAGUUUCUUUAAAAGCAACAUUAAAAACUCGUUUAGCAAAAUAUUCUUUAGUUAAUUUUUAUAAUGUUUUUAUUGAAAAUCCUGAUCAAUCAGCUUGGAUUAGAACAAUUCAAAUAAUAGCAACAAGGUUGAGACAUAUUGUACUUACAACAUUACAUCAACAUUUGGGUUUGAGUGAAGAACUUGUGAAUAAGCAUUCUACUUCUUCCACUAAAAAACCUCUCAAACAAAGGGGCCUUUCUUUGCGUAAUUAUGGUGGUGGAUUGAAACCAAAACUUCAGCGAAUGUCAACAGAAUUUGAAAAUUCAAAUGAAGAAAUCAAAAUUUCAGUUGCUUUAACUUAUUUUUGUGAAGCUUUAAAUAUUUCUGAAUCUGAGGGGAAUAUUCUGAUUAAGCCGUAUUUGAGGUUUUUGAAGUUAGAAGAGAAUCAAACUCUUUAUGAAGAGGGAAGUAAUGACGGAGCUUCUAUUGGCGUUGUUGUUUCUGGUUUAUUAAAAAUUACACAAGAAUCUGCUUAUUCGGAUAUGUCGACUUUUGGAUAUGAAGAUAAAGAUUCUUGGUGUGCUUAUGUAAAUACAAGGGAAUUGGUUGGAGGAUUACAGUUUCUUACCGACGAGCCUUCAUUCUGUACACUUCGAGCAGCAUGUCCAAGUAUUGUUGCAUUAAUUGAUAAAAAAGAUGCUGAUCUGCUUAUUGAGAAAAAACCUUCUCUUGUUUUCCCAAUUGCUUAUUCAGUACUGCAAAGACUUUCUUCUUUUGUUAGAGCUAUUGAUUUUGCUUUAGGUUGGGUUUUGCUUGAUUCUGGCGAGGCACUUUAUAGAAAAAAUGACUUUUCUGAUUCUGUUUUUGUUGCAUUAAGUGGUCGUUUACGUUCAGUUUCAGAAAAAAUUGUGAUUGAAGAAUUUGGGAGAGGUGAUGUUCUAGGGAUUGUUGAAGUACUUCAACAAAACCCAAGAACUACUACAGGUUUUUAUUUAAAUUUAAUUUUUAGAUUUAUUUUUCAAGUCCUCGCUGUUCGUUAUUCCCAACUUUCAAAAAUUCCCGAAGGCCUGCUCAAUUUUGUUAAAAUGCAAUUUCCUCAAGUUGGCUUCCGACUUGUUCGUCUUUUGGGACGUUAUUAUUCUGGACGAGUUUCUUCUUCGUCUCCUUUAGCAAUUCCUGAUCCAAUGACUCAACGGAAUCUCCACACAAUCGCUAUUUUCCCAGCAACUUUUGACGUUCCUUUAGUAGCUUUUACUUGUGAAUUAUAUCAUGCAUUGAGUGUUACAACAAAAAUAAUUCGUUUAAGUAGUAAAUUUGUUGUUGAACGUUUGGGGGUUGAAGCUGUAAUGCAAAGGAAGGCAGAUUUUCGUCUUAUGCAUUGGCUAAAUUCCCAGGAAGAUACUUAUCAAUUAGUUAUUUAUGAAUGUGAUUAUACAGCAACUAAUUGGACUAGACGUUGUUUAAGUCAAGCAGAUGCAAUUAUUGUUGUUGCUUGUGGUGAUCAAAAACCUCCAGAAAAACAUUUUAUUGAUGAACAUUUAAAAAUGAAUCAAGAUGGAAUUAGAUCUAGAAAAGAAUUGGUUUUGUUAUGGCGUGGAGCUGAUGCUGUACCUAAAGGUACUUAUGAAUGGCUAAAAGGAAGUUGGUUUUCUGCUCAUCAUCAUAUUCAUGCACCAGACAGAAUGUUUAGUUGGGAAAGUAAAGUAGAGAAAAAUGAGAAUGAAAUCCUUAAUUUUUAUGAACAUCAUGUAUUCCCAUUUACUAUAGACGUUCACAGUGAUUUUGCCCGUCUAGGACGUCUACUUUCUUCAAAUGCUGUUGGAUUGGUUUUGGGGGGAGGAGGGGCAAGAGGUGCCGCACAUGUUGGAUUAAUUAAAGCUUUACAUGAAAAAGGAAUUCCUGUUGAUAUUGUUGGUGGAACUUCUAUUGGGUCAUUAAUUAGUGGUAUUUUGGCUACAAAUCCAAAUAAUAUGCAAAAUUUGGAAGAGAAAGCUUCUAAAUGGUUUUUGGGAAUGUCUUCAUUCUGGAAUUUAUUAUUAGAUAUAACUUGGGCUUUUUCUGCUCGUUUAACUGGAUAUAAUUUUAAUAAACUUUUAAAAAAUGUUUUUGGAUUUAAAAGUAUUGAAGAUUUGUGGUUACCUUAUUUUUGUGUUACUACAGAUAUUUCAAAUUCUGAAAUGAGAGUGCAUAGAAAUGGACAAUUAUGGCGUUAUGUUCGAGCUUCAAUGACUUUAGCUGUUUAUUUGCCGCCAAUUUGCCAUUAUUUAUUGGAUGGUGGUUAUGUAAAUAAUUUACCUGCUGAUGUAAUGCGUACAAUGGGGGCUAGAACAGUAAUUGCUAUAGAUGUUAGUUCUGCUGAUGAAAAAGAUUUUCAUAAUUAUGGGGACUAUUUAAAUGGAUUUUAUGCUCAAUUUCAUUCUUUGUUGAAUUGGCAAAAAGAUGCUAUGAGGAUUUUGACUGCACAAGAAAUUCAGGAUCGUCUUUCUUUUGUGUCAAGUGUUCGUCAAUUAGAAUUAGUUAAAAAAGCUCCUUAUUGUACUUAUCUUAGACCACCAAUUGAUAGAUUUAAAACACUUGAUUUUCCAAAAUUUAAUAUUAUACAGAAUGCUGGUUAUCAGUAUGGUUGUGAAACAUUGCCAGAAUUAAUAACAAAGAAUAAUCAUUUAAAAACAUUAAUUAAUCAUGGAAAGUUUUCUGUAAUGAGAUAUUCGCCAAAUACUUUUAGAAAAGGAUCUUUUACUGAUUUGGCUGCACAAAUAUCAAGAAUUCCUUCACAACAUUGUAAAUCCCUUGAUGAUUUUAGUAAAUAUUUUGAAGAUGAGGAUAAUGAUGACGAUGAAGAAUAUUUUGAACAUGAAGAAGAUGAUUCUGAUAGAGGCUUAAGCAACGAGUUUAUUCUUCCAGAUGAAGAUGCUAUUUUAAUAAAUGCUACAAUUAAUGCCAGAAUUAUAACAAACAAUGAGGAAGAUUUUCAAUAA